AUGACAAAAACAUACUAUUUAAACCAAACAUGCCUCACUGUACUUGGUUCUCUUCAUGCUGGCAUUGGCAAUACCCAUCUAACUAACCUGGUUGCUACUACUAUCUUACCAACAGUGAACAGCAGGACAUUUAAGUCUCGUAAAAGAGACGUUGGCGAAAGCUGUGGAGUUAUAUUGGCCCAAACUAGCCACAAAACUAACUUGGAAGUUGAAAUGGAAGUGACAGUAAAGAAUGGGGAUUUAACGGACGAGAAUUACGUAAUUAAUUGGCAUCCCUGUGUCAUACGACAUGGGAUGGCAAAAGCGUGGAAAAGGGCUCAACUCGCUGACUGGACAAGGGGUGGCUAUUAG